AUUCAACACAGUUCAAUAUACCAGUACAUUAUCUAAUAAAACUGCAAAACAAUAAAUGUAAGAAUUGAAAAUUAUAUUAUCUAUUGAUAGGUUUGAUAAGCGUAUCUUGCUGAAUCUUAUCGGUUCGAAGGCGAAGUCAAAAGUGUUAUAUGGGUUAGUAUAGUGACCGAUCUGGACGAAAACAGAACUUGCUUGUGGACUGUAAACAUGUCUUUCUCGGGAAAAAGGUACAAGAGGGUCAGCAGUGAAAAUGUUGAUGAACUUAUACGAGCCUCCAACUCAAAUGAGAACCUCAUCCAGAUGUUGAAGAGCAACGCUCCAGUUUUCUCGUUCACCCGCAUCGAUGACAAGACGUUUGACUUUAGACUGGAAAUACCAGACAAAGUCAUGUCGCACAAGAUUGUGCUUGGGGAGGAGGUCGAGAUGUCCAGAAGGGAUGGUUCCAAGGUGAAAAUCGUAUACACAUUGGAAAGUGACAAUGUUUUAAAACAAGAGAUCACACCCAGAGAAGGCAAGAAGGCUUUCUUCAGGCGGGAGUUCUAUGAAAAGGGAGGCAAAAUGACAAUUCAAGUCGAUGGCACCGAUAUUAUAGCGACAGUGUACUACGACCAAAUCGAUUAAUUUAGUUAUUUAUUCAAUUAUUUAUUAAUUUUUUACUAUAAGAGAUAUUACUAAUAUUUAUUUUACAACUGACAAAAUGCGAUUGAAUUGGGCUAAUUAUUUGAUGCAAAUCUAAUACCUCGAUUUUUAUAUAUAAUUUGGUCUUGUGACAAAUAAAAACGCCGUCAUAUUAAAAGUUUGAAACAUCUCAAAA